AAUGUCAAACUUUCAUGUUUAGAUAUGAAAAUUCCAACCAAAGGAUUCCAUUUUGUGUCGUUUUGUCAUUCAAACUGAAGAGGCUCAACAAUGACAGAUAAAAUCUCAUAUUAUUUUUCUUGUUAACGACAAACUCUCUUCAUUCUGCUUUCAGCGCCUUAAUCUUCAGGUUCAACUGUUCUCUCCGUUUUGUUUACUUCACUGAUUGAGAAAUCUUGUAAAAACUGGCCUCAUUUUUACUUUAUUGAAUCAUGUGUGAGGGUGAGAUGUUGGAGAGUGGUUCCGUGGAAGGAGAUGACGAGUAUUCUUCUUCUUCAAUCAGUCAGGUUGAUCCUGGGAUACCUGCAUCAUUAACAUGGAAGCGGAAGCUAAACAAUGAGGGAAAGGUCCCUUCUCCAUUCACUCUAACUUUGAAGGAGAAAAUUCAUAUGGCUCCAAUAGGUAUACGUCUGUGGCGUCAUAUUCAAGAAGAAUCUGCCAGAGGAAGAGGGGUUCUUAUGAAUCCAUUCACUAAGCGAGAUGUAACAUCAUGUCAUGGUGUUCCCCUAGGUGGUAUUGGUGCAGGAAGCAUUGGCAGAAGCUACAAAGGUGAAUUUCAGCGUUUUCAAUUAUUUCCCAGAAUAUGUGAAGACAAAUCUGUUUUGGCAAAUCAAUUUUCUGUUUUCAUUUCUCGUUCAAAUGGUGAAAAAUACUCUACUGUACUGUGCCCAAGGAGUGCAGAUGUGCUUAAAGAAAACGAAGUGUCCGGGAUUGGAUCUUGGGACUGGAAUCUUAAUGGGCAUAGCUCUACAUAUCAUGCCUUGUACCCAAGGGCUUGGACUGUUUAUGAGGGGGAACCAGAUCCAGCACUUAGAAUUGUAUGUCGUCAGAUUUCACCUAUUAUUCCACAUAAUUACAAAGAGAGCAGCUUUCCUGUUUCUGUUUUUACAUUUUCGCUAUAUAAUUCUGGAAAUACAGCUGCAGAUGUCACGUUGGUUUUUACAUGGGCUAAUUCUGUUGGAGGGCUUUCUGAAUAUUCUGGCCAUCAUUCCAAUUUGAAAAUAUCGAUGAAGGAAGAUGUGCAUGGAGUACUCUUAAAUCACAAGACGGCAAAUGGACAAUCACCAGUGACUUUUGCGAUUGUAGCAGAGCAGACAGAAGGUAUUCAUAUAUCAGAAUGCCCUCGCUUUGUGAUAUCUGGUGACUCAAAGGGUAUUACAGCAAAAGAAAUGUGGGGUGAGAUAAAAGAGCAUGGGUCUUUUGAUCGCUUAAGUUGUGCCAACAUAUCAGAACCUUCAGAAGUAGGCUCAUCUAUUGGGGCAGCCAUUGCUGCUUCUGUGACAAUUGCUUCAAAUGCAGUAAGUACUGUUACGUUUUCAUUGGCAUGGGAUUGCCCUGAAAUAAGAUUUUUGAGUGGAAAGAAUUACUACAGGCGAUACACUAAAUUCUAUGACACUCAUGGGGAUGCUGCUGCAAAAAUUGCUUGUGACGCUAUUCGCGAAUAUCGCAAUUGGGAGUCUCAGAUUGAAGCAUGGCAAAGACCCAUUCUUGAAGACAAGAGGCUUCCGGAAUGGUACCCAGUAACUCUUUUCAAUGAGCUGUAUUAUCUUAAUUCAGGGGGAACAGUUUGGACUGACGGAUCUUCACCACUGAGUUUAUUAACCAUUGGGGGAAGGAAGUUUUCCCUUGAUAGAUCUUCACUGGGACUGAUGAGUGAUAUUGAUGCAUAUGAUCAAACUGAUACAGCAGUUGACAUUCUGCAAAGAAUGACUUCAGUACUUGAACAAAUACACACCCCAUUGGCUUCCAAAUCUGCAAUGGGAACAGUUUUGCUUGAAAAGAGAGAUGAAAACAUUGGUCAAUUCCUCUAUCUUGAAGGAGUUGAGUAUCACAUGUGGAACACCUAUGAUGUCCAUUUCUAUGCAUCUUUUGCACUUGUCAUGCUCUUUCCAAAACUUGAACUUAGUAUCCAGAGAGACUUUGCUGCUGCAGUGAUGAUGCAUGACCCAAGCAAGAUAAAACUUCUACAUGAUGGACAAAGUGUUCCCAGAAAAGUUCUUGGAGCUGUUCCUCAUGAUAUUGGAAUUGAUGAUCCAUGGUUUGAAGUAAAUGCAUAUAACUUAUACGAUACGGAUAGGUGGAAGGACUUGAAUCCUAAAUUUGUUCUCCAAAUUUAUAGAGAUGUUGUUGCCACCGGUGAUAAGAAGUUUGCAAAAGCGGUUUGGCCUUCUGUUUAUGUUGCGAUGGCAUAUAUGGACCAAUUUGAUAAGGAUGGCGAUGGGAUGAUUGAGAAUGAAGGUUUUCCUGAUCAGACUUAUGAUACCUGGUCUGUCUCUGGUGUGAGUGCAUAUAGUGGCGGACUGUGGGUGGCAGCAUUGCAGGCUGCGUCUGCCAUGGCACAUGAAGUAGGUGACAAGGGUUCUGAGGAAUAUUUUUGGCACAAAUUUCAGAAAGCAAAAGUUGUGUAUCAGAAUUUAUGGAAUGGUUCUUACUUUAAUUAUGACAACAGUGGUCAAAGUUCGAGUUCAUCUAUUCAAGCUGAUCAAUUGGCUGGACAAUGGUAUGCAAGAGCAUGUGGACUUUCACCUAUUGUUGACCACAACAAGGCAAGAACUGCGCUGGAGAAAGUUUAUAACUACAAUGUCUUAAAGGUGAAGGAUGGGAGACGAGGGGCGGUUAAUGGUAUGUUACCUGAUGGAAAGGUGGACAUAACGACAAUGCAGUCGAGAGAAAUAUGGGCUGGAGUCACAUAUGCUGUUGCUGCAACAAUGAUCCAUGAAGAUAUGAUUGAAAUUGGAUUUAAGACUGCACAUGGAAACUAUGAAGCUGCAUGGUCUGCUGAAGGACUAGGUUAUUCUUUUCAAACCCCAGAGGCUUGGAACACCGAUGACGAAUAUAGGUCUCUGGCCUACAUGCGUCCUUUGGCAAUAUGGGCAAUGCAGUGGGCCAUGACCAGACCAAAGCUUUCUGAGCAGCCAGAGACGAAACCAGAAAUUGAUGAGGUAUCAUUGAUGAAACACCACGUAGGGUUCUCAAGAGUUGCUAGGCUUCUCAAGUUGCCGGAUGAAGGACCACCCAAAAGUUUUCUGCAACUUGUUUUAGACUAUACGUGCAAGAGGGUAUGGAUGUGAGUGAACUAUCUUAUUGACAUAAUAAUUUAUUAAAGAAUGUAUUGGGGGUAUGUAUCAUUCCUAAAUAAAAUUCUAUUAAUGUUUGAGCUGUA